CACAGAGGUCCUUAAUACGGCCAUUCUGACGGGGAAGCCGGUGUCCAUCCCUGUGAAAGUGGUUGCUGUUGAAGAAGAUGGAUCAGUGAGAGAUGUCUCCAGCUCCACUGAGUGCAAAUCAGCUGAUGAAGAUGUCCUCAAGGUCUCAGACAACUGCAAUGCCAUCUUUGUGAACGGGAAGGAAAUGAAAAGCAAAGUGGACGCCAUCGUGAACUUCACCUACCAGCAUUUUACCACUCAGCUAGAAAUCCCUGUAUGGGUUCCACGACUCCCUUUGCAAAUUGAGAUCUCAGAUACUGAGCUGAGCCAGAUCAAAGGUUGGAGGAUUCCUGUCACCUCCAAUAAAAGGCCAACCCGUGACAGUGAUGAGGAAGAGGAUGAUGAGAAGAAAGGCAAAGGUUGUACCCUCCAGUACCAGCAUGCGAUGGUGCGUGUUCUUACCCAGUUUGUUGCAGAAUCAUCUGAUCUUGGAGGGCAGCUGACUUACAUGCUUAGCUCUGAAUGGCAGUUUGACAUCACAGACCUGGUGGCCAAUUUCAUGAAGGUGGAGGAAUCCAAAGUGGCCAAGUUACAAGGGGGACGAGUUCUGAUCGGUCGUGAGCAAGGGAUUACAACUGUUCAGGUCCUUUCUCCUUUGUCCGAUUCCAUUCUGGCUGAGAAGACAGUGAUUGUCCUAGAGGACAGAGUGACCAUCACUGAUCUUGGAGUACAACUGGUGGCAGGCUUGUCCUUGUCUCUCCAGACAAAUAAAGGAAAUAAGAGAUUGAUUGUUGCAACAGCAUCUGCUUCUGAUAUUCUUCACGCAGCUAAACAGGAAGCGGUGCUCAGCACUUGGCUUUUAUUCAGUGAUGGAACCGUGACUCCUUUAGACAUCUACGACAUCAAGGAUUUCUCCCUUGUGGUCACAUCGCUGGAUGAAAUGGUGGUGUCUGCCCAUCAGAGACAGGAAGAUGACUGGCCAAUAGUGGUGGCCGAAGGUGAAGGCCAAGGACCGCUGAUUAAAAUAGAAAUGGUGAUCAGCGAGGCGUGCCAGAAGUCGAAGCGGAAGAGCAGCUUGGCCGUUGGGAAAGGGAGCGUCAAGGUGAAAUUUGGCCAAAGGGAAUCGGCGCACAAAGAAGAGACCAAGAAUGGCAAAGAUGCAGAUAGUGAUUUUAAAAGUAACUCUAUAGAAAACUCCCUGGAGGGAGAGAGAGCAGGCCAGGACUGGUCCAAACAUGAUGCUUCCAUGAAUCAGGACGAGUUGACCAACCAAAACACAAGCUCUAAGUCUCCCAUCCAUCAGAUUAAUUCUCACGGGGAGGGACACCUUCAAAGCAAGCCUCCUACCUCUACGAGCUUUCCCACACAGGAGGAUGUCCCAAGGCAGAAUAACCCCAGUGAUCUCACUCUAGCUUCCAGGGGUUUAACAGAUUUGGAGAUUGGGAUGUAUGCUCUCCUAUGUGUCUUCUGCUUGGCCAUCUUGGUCUUCUUAAUCAACUGUGUGGCAUUUGCUUGGAAGUACCGUCACAAAAGGUUCACCAUCAGUGAGCAAGGGAACAUCCCACAUUCCCAUGACUGGGUGUGGUUGGGCAAUGAGGUUGAGCUGUUGGAGAGUCCCGUGGACAUUUCUCUCCCAUCUGAUGAGUGCACCACGAUCAUUGACCGCGGGAUGCUUUUUGAAGAAAGCAAUUUCCUGCUCAACGGGAGUUCUCAGAAGAGCUUCCACAACCAGAUCCUUCGAUCUGCUGAAUAUGAUUGUGACAAGGACUUCAGAAACGAACCCAUAAACCCUCCUGGGCCCAAGCGGAAGAGGGUUAAAUUCACAUCCUACACCACCAUCCUGCCAGAGGAUGGUGGUCCGUACACCAACUCCAUUCUCUUUGACAGUGAUGAUAAUAUCAAAUGGGUAUGCCAAGAUAUGAACUUGGGUGACUCCCAGGAAUUUAGAGACUAUAUGGAAAGACUUCAGGACCAUAUGUAAAACACACACACACA